AAAAUAACGGUUGCCCAGCAACAGUUUAACAAGUGUGUAAAACUAUCGACGUUUCUUUGCCUUUUUAUUUAGUUUUCUAUAAAUUUUACUAUGCCUAAAGUUUGCAAGCAACCCGGCCACGAAGGCAUAAAUUACCAUACAGUACGCUUCGGAGAAGAACCUGGUUGCUACCAGUUACAUAGACCAUCACAAUGCCGCCUAAAGUUCCCCAUCACGAAGAAGCCCAUCCACAAAUGCGAGCAGCCGCGCAAGGAGAUCGUCUUGAUCCCAGAGAUGGGGAAUUUCCGAAACUUGCUGAUACCCAAGAAAAAGCCCAACUUGUAUCCAGCAGUAAUACAUAAAAACGAAUUCGAGCGACUGAAGAAACAGGCCACGAUAAUUUCUCAAGAAGAGCAGUUAGCGGCCAUGCACGCCCAAGAGGCUGCCAUCCAGAAGGCGGCGAAGCAGUCUGAAGCUAGGAAACAGCAGCUGAAGAAGAUGCUGCAGGUCCAGCCCGGGGCCGAGACCGCCACCGGGACAGCAGACCCCGAGCUGGAGGGACCCGACCAGGCCGCGCAUACCAUGUCCAGGGCUGAGAUAAUCCGCGCGGACAGUAUGCAAGGCCCUCGCCUGUGUAACCGCAUCAUCCUGGCAUCCAAGUGUCACGCCAUACGGGACGCGCAAAUAACAGAGAAGGAACUUAUUCAGAAAGAACUUGAUGAAGAGCAGAGACGACUGGACGCCAUAAUGGAAGCGAACCGCAUGGCCGCCGUGAACCGCGCUGAAGAGGAGGAGGAGCGGCGCCACCACCUGCGGCUGCAGAACCUCGCCGCGCUCAAGGAGCAGAUACAGGCUCACGAGACUGCCAAGAUUAUGGAAGCAGAACGCAUAGAAGAGGAGAGUAUCCGCGUGAACCAGGCCAACAUCGCGAUGCAGAUCGACGAGGCGCAGAAACUGAAGGAGAAGCAUUACCGGCAGCACAAGCUGAAAGAGAUGCUGGACCAGGGUAAUGCUGAGCUGCUGUACUACAAGCAGCUUCAGAACGAGGAGGAGCGCAUCAUGGACAUGCGCAUCGCGAACUUCCUCAAACAGAAGCAGGAGCGCGAGUCCAAGAACAAGGCGGAGGCCGAGGCCGUGAAGGCGGCCAAGCAGAAGGGGAUCGACCACAUCUCUAAAGCACAGAAGGCCGAACAAGAGCUGAAGGAGGAACUGGAUCGCAUCCGCAACCUGAAGAUCCAGGAGGACGUGGAGCGUGAGUACCGGCGGCGAGAGCGAGACGCCGCUAUCAAGCGGAACAAGGAGAUGAAACAACUGCACGAGGCUCGCGUGCAGCAGAUUAACGACAUCCACCGGCUGAUCGCGCGUGAGAUAGCAAAGGACGAGCAGAGCUUCAACAACGCCGCCAGACAGAAUGAAGAGUUCAUUCGUAAGGAGAAAAUGCUGGACGACAAACGCAAGGCUGAAAUCGAACAACAUCGGCAGGCUAUUAUGAAGCAAAUCAAUAAUAAGGAACGGGCCAGGGCUGAGCUUCGCGAGAAGAUUCACAACGAAGGCGUAGCAUUACGCAUGGAGCAGGAACAGCAGGAGAAGUACGAGAGAGCCGUUAUCAAGCAGAAGGUGGCUGCUAUGCGACAACAGAAGGUGGCAGAGAAGUACGUCAAGGAGGUCGAACAGACGCUCACGAAGCACGGAUACUCGCAGUAGAACCGCCCAGCUGUUCAUAUUGUAUAUUGUGUGUUGAUUUGUAGGGCCUUGUACAAAGGUUAUAUUUAAUUUAAUUUUAUAGUUAUAAUACUCACGAAUUACCUAAGUACCUGUUUUGGGUCCUAGGAUAUUUUAAACUUAAUAGACAGUUGUUUUUAAUAUAACUUAUGUAUGUUAUCUUAUGUACCUAUUCUGCAAGGCGCUGCGCGAACGGAAGACUGAAGUCAUACCGGUAGUUUGUAUCUGACUGGCACAGGAUACGUUUGCACCCUGCCCUAGUUGCUAUUUUUCACUUCCAAGUGGUAUCCUUAACAUUUUAGAACAUCAGAAUUAUUUUUGAUGUUGAUGUGACUCUGUUUAGACAAGUUGUAUCCCUGGCACAGCUGUUUCGUAAGUACUGAGGCAGACUGACAUUAAAGGUGGCCUUAAUAAUAAUAUUCUUUCCGCGUUUCUGAUUUGGGUUGAAAAGUUUAGAAAGUACUUUCUCGUGAAGUACUAGCACCAGUUUACUUCUGUUAUGAGUGGAGUCUCUUCUGACCAGCACACCUACCAAUCACGUCUUGAAGUAAUAACAUUGCGAGUGUAGAAGAGGGAUGACACACUACGAUUUGUAUUGCGCUGUCUCUUUAAGGCGUGGUGGUGGACCCUCGGAACAAAUCUUAACCAAAUGCUUAGCUUUUUUUUUAUUGUAGUCAAUAUCCAAGACAUAGAUCUGGUGCAUAAACCUCAAUUGUUUUUCUUGAGACAGCUUACAUUAUGAACUUUAAAUAUAAUGAGCGAGAGGUGUAAAACAUCUUAAAAAAUUAACACCAUGCUCAUUAAAUAUGACGUUUAAGUAAGUACCAAAUUUGUUGGGUACAUCAUCUAUUGCCUUGACGUUUUUUUUUUUGCAACCGACUAGGCGAUUGUGGCGCACAUAAUUGUGGGUAGUUGCGUCAGUAAACUCGCUAUGAUUUUCUAAGGGCUAGCAUUUUCAUUGCCGUUUUACUGAAUGCCAGAAUGGGUGGUAGAACGUCUAUUUACUGGAUUUUGAUUUACAACUAAUUAGCGGUCAGCGUCGAUAAAGCAUGAUGUUUCUAGACAACACCAUGUUUAUGUUUAGCAAUUGUUGUCGAAGUCGAGACAAACAUGUAACUGUCUAGAAUAUUUUUUAUGACUUAUGGUUUGUAUUGAAUUUAAUACUGGUCGCAAUAUUUGUGCGUUUGUGUGUGUGUGAUUGUGUUCAAUAAAUUGUGGUUUAAAAGUU